GACAGAGGUUUUCGGCCAUUCCGGGGCAGAGGAGCUUUUAGGGGUGGAGAGAGAGGCAUGUACAGAGGAAGACCUCCUUUCAGAGGGUUUAACAGAAGAUCAUCAAGAGGUCAAAAUGUUUUGGUUAGGACAUGUGACAAAGAGGGUGUUCGGAGAAGAAGAAGGAUUGACCGGAAUGAAGAUGAUGAUAAUUUGACUUCCACGUUUUAUGAUUCAGUAGAGCAGGUUUCUGUUUUGUUAAAUAUUGAUAAAUGUGAUUCUGUGCAUAGACAGGUGUAUACAAAGCCUCCAGAUAAUCAGUUCAGGUCAGGGAACAGUGAGAUGACUGUGCUGAAUGAAAGAAUGCAGAGACAGUCCUUAAAUGACCCUGAUCGUCGUGGACGGAUUACAACAAGGCCUGGCUUUAACAGAGGAUUUCAGGGACGUAUCCAGAAAAGCAGAGGAAGAGGAUUCCGGGGCAGAGGUACCUAUGGAAAUACUUUUAGGGAAAGUUCAUCUGGUUUCAGAUCAAGGGGGAAGGGAUUUCGUCCAGACUUUAGAGGGAAGGAAAGGACAUAUGGAAGUUAUAGACUUUCUGAGAGGCGAGAUGAUUCAAGAGACAGGGCUCGUCAGGUUGACAAAGGAAGAAGGCAGCAAGCAAGUUGGAUUCCCGAGGAAGGAAUGACUGCUGUUGAUUCUAAUUCAAGGAAGACUUCUGGGAGCAGGAGAAGAAAUGUAUUGAACACUGGAAUCAGAAAGAGUCAGCUGCAAAGCAAGUCAGAAAGGUCAGAACUGGGAAGACGUCCACCUCGGCUAAAGGCUCAAGACUCAUCCCAAGAUGACGUCAUGUUGGUUGUGGGGAGAGGACCAACUGAUGAGAAAAAGAAUGAGGGUUCAGACAAGACACGCCUUAAGGAAUCUGAACCCGAGAAUGUCGGAGGAAUUGAUCUGGAAUUAAGUGACAUUUCUUCUGAAGAAAGUGAUGAUAACAGGAAUAAUUCAUCCAAUGUCCGUGUAGAAGUAGGAAGCAGGAGUAGACACAGGGUGAAAGAUGGAGAGGGCGGUAAAGAAAGACCAUCCAGGCGAAGUUGUCAUGAACUCCACAUUGAAAUGUCCAAACAGAGGUAUGGCAUGGACAGGAGAGUACUCCUGCCUAGAGACACAGGCAUAUCAAUGCGAGGACACAUAUCAAGGAGAGAUGCAGUGGCAUAUCAUCGGAGGCCUAGUUCAUUGGAAAGAGACCAAGAAUGGGUUCAACAGCUAGGUCGUUCCCUGUCGGAAGAAAGUGGCACUGGACAUACAAGAGAUGUGCAAAGGCAAAGGAAAAUAGGUUAUCACAGAGCAGAAUAUUCCAGUAAAGAAAGAGAAGCAAGUUUAUUAGGCAAAUGGAUUGAACAAAGGACUGCAGCCAUAUCUAGCUCCCCAGAUAAGUCUGAUUUUGAGGUUCAAAACAGAGUUGGUUCACAAAAUAGGCCAACGUCAAGAGAGCGGGGUGACAGGUAUCGAGAACGAGAGACAGCUGCAGCAUCCUCCAGCUCACGAGAAAGGGGGGACAUUUUGAGAUAUCGUGUAGAACGAGAAAACACUGUUGACAGUUCAGGCUCAAGAGAAAGAGAAGAUAGAUGUCAUAGAAACCGUGAGAAAACAUUUGACAGUUUUGCCUCAAGAGAGAUAGAAAAUAGAUAUGAAGAACGAGAGAAAACAGUUGAAAGUUAUGACAUACAGGAAUGGGAAGACAAUUAUCUUAGAGAAUGGGAGAAAAGAGAUUUAAGUUCCAGCCCAAGAGAACGAGAAGACAAAUAUUUAAGAGACCGAAAGAAGGGAGAUGAAAAUUCCAGCUCAAAAGAACGAGAAGACCAAUAUUGUGGAGAUGGAGAGGAGACUUUUGAAACUUUUGACUCACAAGAUUGGGAAGAAAAUUAUCUUGGACGGGAAGAAACAAUGGGAAGUUCCAGUUCAAGAGAGAGAGAAGACAAAUAUAGAGCACGAGAAAAACUGUUUGACAGUUUUGGCUUACAAGAUAAAUAUCAUGGAGACAGAUUGCAAACAGUUGAAACUUUCAUCUCAAGAGAACAAGAGGACAGAUGUGGUGAGCAAGAGAAGACAGUGGAACGUUGUAGCUCAGCAGAGAGAAAAUACAGAUAUCGUCAAUACAGACUGAAAAGAGUUGAAAGUUCCAGCUCAAGAGAAAGAGAUGACAAAUCUAUUGGAGACCGAGUAAAACCAGAAGAAACUUCUAGCUCAAGUGAAAGGAAAGAAAAAUGUACCGGAGAAAGUAAGAAAAGCAUUGACAGUUCUAGCUCAUGUGAAAGGGAAGAAAGAUACCCUGGAGAGCGAAAGCUAAGGCUUGAAAGCUCAAGCGAGAGUGAGGAUGGAUAUGGUAGAGAACGUGAGAAAACAUUUGAAACCUCCACCUCUAGUGAAGACAGUCACAGACAUGAACGAGAGUAUACAACAGGAAGUUCAAGUUCAAGUGAGAAUGGCAAGAGGUAUAGUGACUCCUUCAGUGAAAGCUCUAGCUCCCGGGAAAGUGAUGAUACCCACAGUAGACGUAGAAAAAGACUGAGAUCCAGUUCCCUUCAGGGUGAUUCUAGAAAACCUACACGUAGUAACGUCUCAGGAUCCAGAGAGAGGAGAUGCAGGGACAGAAAGCAAAGGGAGAGAACCUAUGAUGCUAGAAGGUCAAGGUCAAGUUCAUAUGAAAGUUCUGAUUCUGAAGUUGAGGAUAGAAGGUUACCAACUGUAUAUUCCCCGAGAAAGACCUUGCCCAAAGUGCAGUUUGGAUAUGGAAGACAUGUGUUUAGUUCAUUGUCUGAUUCACACAGAAGCAGAAGUCGAUCUGUGUCUGCUGCUAGGAGUAAGAUACAGUUUUAUGACCGAUUCAAUUACAGGUCAAAGAUGAAUGCAAAAGAGCAAGCAUUAAGGAAGGAGCAAGAACGAAAGAAGGCGGCUGCUUGGCGAUUGGUUCUUGAAGCCAGAAAAGCUGCAGUCAAGGACAAUGAGAGCUCCUCGAGCUUAGUUGAAGCUACACAAAGUCUCCAGAUAACUCUCAAAUCUGGGGUUAGCGUUGGACUAUCUGGAGGUGCUGAGAGUCUCCAAGAACAUAAAGACUACAAGCUAAAAGAUGGUAGUCCUAGAAAACAUAGUUUGGGCCAAGAAGAAACUGACCUCAAACCAAAUCGUAAAUCUCUACCUUUAGUAAGUAAUGAACCUUCUUUUCGGAAUUCCAGAACUGACAGCGAUGGGGCUACAGACCCAAAAUGUCAACCAUGGAUGACCAGGACUGUUUUUCUGAAAGAACCAAAUCCAGUGACAGUAGGCGAAAAUACAAUCUUAAAGCAGACUCCAAUUUCACCAUCAAAAACACAGAUCAUCCACUCUGAGAGUGAUCUUAAAAAGAAAACAUCGCCUGGAGGAGAAUCGGUCCAAAUCAUGUCACCAGGCAAGAAGUCUGUGUUUCCGCAAGGCUUAACUGCUGCCUCAUCUAUCAUCCGAUUGGUUCGACCUCCUGCUUCUUCUCCAAAGAAAAGUUUUUGGAAUGAUGUACAGCAGUCAAGGAGGAGGCCUCUUAAAGAAUACACGCCUCUUAAGAAAUCCACAUCUUUGACAGAGGUAGUUAAACCAUCCCCUUCUACUUCAAGCUCCUUUGAGCAGGUGUCACCUGAACCUCUCUCUUCCAAGAUUCUUCAGAAACAUUCCAAAUCGGCAAACCCUUCUAAGCCUGGUGAUGAUGAACUAAUCUCUAAUCCCAGUGGAGAUGAACAAGAUAUACCUGUUUCAGAGGCGAAGAAACAUUUGAAUGAAAACUCUCCAAACGAUACUCAUGAAUCAUCUGGUUCUUCUGCACUGACACAACAAGACAUCUGGAAUAUUCCUCUGCCGAAGUCCUCAACACCAUCGCCAAUUAAAAGUACUGAUUUAAAACCACGGGUCAUUCAAUUGCCAGUCUCUCUGAGGGUCAAGCCUGCAAAGGCUAAGCAGAUUCAUAAAGUAGUAGAGUUGAAGGAUGUAAUUGUUAAAUCCAGUGCCUCUUCAGAAUCCAAGUCUGGGAUUAGUUCUGUCAGUGCUUCCAACACUGAAUUGAAGUCCAAGACAAAAGUAGGAAGCUCUCUCAUAAGGGUAUCCACUUCAGAGUGCCUUUCAGACCAUGAAGAGGUGGACAUGGAUUUGGAUGAUGAAGAUGAUGAACAGACGAUAAGCUUGGAGGAAGACACAAGUUGGAUGAGUUUAGAACCUGAUCAAGGAUGUGCAUCAGAACGUCCUUCCUCUUGCACAAAGCACAGUUCAGUGCCUCAACCUGUUCCACCAUCACCAACAGCGGACAAGAGAUCACCAGACAUAAAGCAGGGUUCUGUAGGUUUGGCCGUUUCUUCUCCUCAACAGUCACCAAGUGCAUCCUCACAGAGACUUUCCAGAACCCUCUUGUUGAGUUCAUCUCCUAAGUCUGUUCUGACUGAGGAACAGUCAAUACUUUCUCAAGGUCAACAGGGGACAAAAAGUGAAGCUAAUCUUUCUUCAUCAAAGUCAGUUUUACAAACGGAAGUUCCGCAGUCACCUGGAGAGUUACAAAAGAACGUUGUUCAUAAAGUUUCAUUUAAACUUCAGCAGAACAGGGUUCCUCUACGGGUUCCACCAGCUCAGCUGUCGCCUCCAGCUUCACCAUCGAGGCCCGCCAGAAGUUCUCAGCAGAUUGAAAUCUGUCCAGUUACAUCCCCUACUCCGUUGCCAACUGUUAAAGCUCAAGUUUCAUUUUUUGAGACAGAGCCUAUGAAAAUCCCUGUACGAAAAUCCUCACCAGGAACAGUACCUGCGGAAUGCUCUGUUACCCAAGCUGUUGCAUCUCCAAUGCUUUCACCAGCAGCUAUCUCCCCGAGAUCAUCCAGUGACUGUCAACAGGAAAUCUUACCUUUGCCUGUCCCGUUACUGCAGCUCUCGCCUAUUCCUUCAUUCAUGUCCGGUAGCUUGCAGCAGACCUCCGUGUCCCGAGAUUCGUCACUAUCAUUAACAUCACAGUCUCCUGUACCACAGCCAGUUCCGUCGCCAAUGACAUCACCCACUUCGUUAUUGAGUGGAUUUUUACAACCAUCACAGCCAAAACCCAUCCCAUCACCCCAUCAGAUUUCACAGCCAAAACCUGUCCAAUCUCCCCAUCAAUCACCAAUUACAUCACCCCAAGUAUUGAGUGGAUAUCUGCAGACUUCACAGCCCAAACCAGUUCCACCACCUAAUCUGUCACCAAUUAGAUCACCUCCAGGUCUGUCAAGUGGAUUUCUCCAGUCUCCUCACCCACAAGUUGUCAAACCACCUCAUCAAACACCAAUCUCUCCUCCAGGAAUUUCAAGUGGAUUUCUACCAACAUCCCAGCCCAAACCUGUCCCACCACCUCAACAGUCCCCUCCUUCGGGCAACAUCCUGCCAAUGUAUGUGCCUUUGCCAGUUCCUCCACCUCAAGAACUACCAGCAACAUCACCACAAAGACUGUUGAGUAUUUUUUCACCAACCUCAGUUCCUCAGCCUGUUCCUCCUCCUAUACUGUCCCCAACGGCAUCCUCACAAGGCCUCUCCAGUAACCUCCUACACAGCAUCAUUCCCUUGCCAGUACCACCACCUCCCCACUCCCCAACUACAUCUUCAAGUAGCUACCUACCCACUCCAGUCCCUCAGCCAGUGCCUCCCCCGGAACACUCACUCAUCAAUGAUAGUAAGCCAAUAUCUCCAUCAUUGACCGCUGCCCCGAUAUCAAAGAAGUCGAGUCAGAAGGCUACCAGAGCAAGUUCCUCUAGACUAGUGAAAGAUCCAGGAUGUAAAGUGAAAAGCCAACAAGCCUCUCAGUCAAAAUAUCUAAGACAGCUGAAGACUGUUUUAAGAAAAUCCAUGUCCAAAUUAGCAGAAGCAGUGCCAAAACAAUCCUCAAGGUCUGUGCCAAAACAUGUAUCUAAGCAUGUGUCCCAGUCUGUGUCCAAGUCGCCAGUGGUCAAUCCAGAUGAGGAUUAUGACAGUGAUGAAUACGAUGCCCCGUCUCCAUACAGCUCCUCAAGCGGGUCCCCAAUGGACAUCGAGGCAAUGGAAGAAUCCAAGAUAGAAGUUUUCCAGCCAGUAACAAAACACGCUCUUCCAAUUCAAGACCCUGCCAAACUUGUUAGUUCAAGCCAAACUGCUUCCACAGUUCCUCCAAGCACCCCACAAUCCGAUGUCUCUAGGACUCCUGAGACCCCAAAGACUCCAGACACACCAAAGACACCAGACCCCCCGAGCUUACCAGGACCCAAUACUCCCCAGUCCGGUGGAAAACACUCCCGAGAUCCCCGACUUCAGGCCAGAGCUAGGAAACAGGAAGAAGCCAGGAUGUUGAUGAAGGCUUUGGUAAGGACUCUCUCAGGACCUACAGGAACCAUUGCCUCCAAGACGGGACUUGGCCAGAAACUGAAAACUGUUGCUAUGACGACCCGGUGCUCCCAGAGUCGUGGCAGGAGCUCCCUAGAUGCCCCCAUCAGCUCAGGAAGCAUGAGUCACCCAUGUGGAAUAGUGAGCUCACCGGGACGGAGGGUCAGUGAGAACGAGGAUCACAGUCAGUACUGCAACAGACCUUCUGAGGCAGUCCGAAACAGACCUCAGAGCUUUGAAGAUUUGACAGAUGGUGGUUAUUGGGGUGUUCCUCCUGAUGAAGAUGACGCUGCGCAAUAUACAAGCGAUGGAAAAGAUGCAGGUCACAGACCGACGCUGUCCAGAUCCUUGUCUGUAGGCACGCCCGUUGGACAAUCUGGGAACAUUGCUGGAGGUUCCAGAGAUGAAGGAAGCAGACACUCUGAGGAUGUUGCUAAGUCUGAGGAAAGGUGUCAUGGUGGUGGGGUGACAGGGAGAUGUUCUGUGCCCACAGAUGAGAGUCAGGUCAGAGAGGUUGCUCAGGAUGAAGAUUUCAGGACAAAAGACUCCACUUCUUUGACCCAGGUCUCAGGUCCGUCUUUGAAACCUCAGCUGACAGGUGAUACGGGUGUCAAUUGGGGUCAGUCAGAUUUAGUGGACAAGGGGUUGUUUGGGAAUACCAAGGAGCAGGGUCCCUCCUCGGGACCAGACAGGGAGGGUCAGGUUGGAGGAAGUUCAGUUUGCAGUGAUUUAAGUACUAAGGUGCUUGUUGGUACAAAAGAGUUGCAGAAAAUUGAGAACGAUGAGAGUGAUGAUCUCAGGAAAGGCCCAAUUGCCAGUCCCAAGGAGUCGGGGCCAAUAAAACCUUUGAGAGCAAGUGACAGCAGAGAUCCAGACCUCAAGGUUGCCGUUGGUGAAGGAUCAUCACCCAAUCAUGUGGACAGAUCGCCAGUGUCCGUAGCUGCCUCCCCAUCUGCGUGGAGUGACCCAAACGUUCAAGGAUCAGCCUCAAAACUGAUUCCGUCAGGAUCAGAAAGCAGAGAUUCCUUGUUUUCGGAAAAGGUGCGCGGGAUGAGUCUUAGAGAUGUAAGCGAUUGGGUGAAGAAGUCAUCACAUCAACAGCAGCUGGAACCAGAGACUGACCAAUGGUGGUCCACAAAACCUAGGAAGAAGAAGCAUGGUGGAGAGAAGAAGCGCCAUCACAGUAGUCCGAACUCUAAGUCACACACUUCUAGUCCCAGGUCUUCUGACGGAGAUAGACACCGCAAUGACUCAGGGACAAAGGGUGAUGGCAGGGAUAAGCAUAAAUUUAAAAGCUCACCAUGUUUUGGGAAAACAAUGAAAAACCCGAAAGCAGAUAUCAAGAGGUUUCUGUCACACGAUGCCUCCCCGAGCCACAAAGAUGGGGAUCGAACAAGAACUAUUGACUGGACCAGUGAAGGUUCAUAUGAACUUCCUGAAGCCAUGGACGUCGACACCCCUGAAGCUGUACGGACACCAUUGAAAUCUAAAAUGGUAUUAGACACCUCAAAGUUGUCUAAAUUUAAAUCCAAUCUGACCAAGUCUCCACUGUUUAAAGCCAAACCAUCUGUCUCAUCAACAUCAAGUGCUGUGUCAGAGUCGUCAGGUCCAUGCAGACCUACCCAUACUCCAGCACGGCGGGCGUCAGACAUGUGCAACCCUUUGGGGUCUUACAGGAUUCCUAAGCUGAGCUCAGCGAUGUCAGAGACGUCUGCGAAAGAGGUCAGAGAGGAGAAAACAGAAGCUCCAAAGAAGAAGGAUGAUGAUGAUCCAUCGGAAUGUGAAGCUGGUAGUGACUCGGUCCCGGAGUCGGACGACGAUCUGUUCAACGAAACUCCCGCCUUCUUGAAGGAAUUUGAGAAGACAAGCAAGGCUAUACUAGAGGCAGGCAUGACUCCGGGAACUCCAGAACGUACGCAGUCAGAGUCCAUGCUCAGUGAUGACAGCUUCUUGAUGGAGGAGCCAGCCGUCAGCUGCAGCAGCAGCAAGCUGGGAGCCAGCAAGACAUCGGAGGCCAAGUCCGUUUUCUCUCUCGAUGCCUUGUUGGCGGAGAAGGUGGAGAAUGAGGAGGCAGACCGGGAACUUCACGUCAUGCAGUUCGAGUUGAAGGAGGGCAUCAGACAGGGAGGAUUCAUCAAGUUAGCAGAAGCGGAAGUCGAGGACUCUGAAGAUGAGUUGCUGCCUGAACAUCAGCAGAAGCUGGAAUAUUUUCAAGUCUCCGAGAGCACCAUUCAAGACCACCAUCCUGGAGACGUGGUGUUUCAUCCUGGCAAGUUCCCGGGUGUGUUCACUGAGGCUCUCAGUCCAGGCCGGUGUGGCUUCCUGCCCUCCAACAACUUCCUGGAGAAACACCUGGCCAACAUUGCUCCAGAUGCCCUGUGCGACCUGCUGACCACAGACAUGUUGUCCAUCUGUUUCCACAAGAUCACGAAGCAGGAGGAGAUACUUCAGUGGAUCUUCUUCAUCAUGUCAGUACACAGCAACAGCCAAGUGAUCCAGGGUUGCAAGAAACUCGUCUUCGACAUCAUCCACACUCAACUCAGUCUGGAGGACGCCACUCCCACCUGGGCACCAGCGGCACUCGAUGUUCUCAAAGUGUUUGUUAAUUUUGGUGCUUGUUCCGCGGACUUGCUGCAGCAGCAGGACGUGUUAUCACAGGAAGAAAUCAGAACUUGUGUGACCCCGGAGGAUGACAGUAACCUGGCCCCCAACAACAACAACGUUCCGCUGCGGUCGUACUCGGAGAACCUGCGCGAGGUGCUGCAGACCCUGGCUUUCGCGCUGCAGGGGAGGCCCCAGUACACGGCAGCACAGCUGAACAUCCUCCUGGUGAUGGUUGCCAAGGCGGCUCUGGACAAGGAGUUCAUCAACAACAUUCUCCUGUACGAGUUCAGUGUCGUGGUCAGCUCCAUCCUGCCCUGCUACACACAGCCAGACUGGGACACCGAGAUGCCGAUGCUGUGUUCCAAGCUGUCCUGCAUCACCGCCCACCACCACAACCACGUCUACCUGACACAACUCUUCCCCCACGGCAAGCGGGGCAGCAGCAUACAGCGGAGACUGGCUUACCUCCUCCUGGUCAAGAUGCUGCAGCCAGGGUGCGCUGUCUCCCACCAACAGCUUGCUGCGUUCAAGUUGGGCCAGCUGACGGUGUUGUUCCCUGCCCUGAGGGAGCUGGCGACCGAUGACCUGUACGCCCUGGCCAGUGGUGUGGCCCUGCUGGACAUUGCGGUUGGCAGCGAACCCCUCAACUCCGAGGAGAAGGAUGACCUUCAGCUCCUGAUGGAACAGCUCCGGACACUGACCAGUGAUGUUCGGGACAAUGUCCGCCGACUGGACCACACGCGGGUGAAGGAUCUGAUGGUGAGGAUCUCCAGCAAGUGGACGGUCACACUGCAAGCCACGUCCAGCAAACAGAGAAGCCUGUUCGCUUGGACCAAGCAGAAGUCUCCGCAGAAGAUGCAAGUCCAGAGACUGGAGACCGGGUCCUCGGAUCAGGACUCGGAGGAGGAGGAGGAGGAGGAGGACACAGAUGUCCCUGGAGCAGAUCCUGCUCACAAACCAGACGACUUGUCUGUUCCCAUGGAAACAGACACCUGUGUGGACAGUGACUCCAGACCUAGAGAGGUAUCACGUACAGGUUUUCCAAGUGAUGGUGUUGUUUCUUGUGUGGAGAAUACUGGCAAACCCAACAUCGUGGACUCUGGAGGUGGUGGGGACACAGCCCAAGCUGGGGAUGUGAGGGUGAAGAGUGAGGAAUUGAGAUCAAAACAUAAUGGAGGUUUGACAUUGAACAAUGGAGAUUGUGAUGGUACCCAUCUUGUGGACCAGGACAAGUCCAGUCUAGAGGCUGGGCACGGAGGGGAGGAGAUGAAUCAGAACAACAGUGCCCUGGUCGUGUCCAAGUGUGGAGGAUACAGAGACAUCAAGAUGGAGAGCGAGGUGAGGGUCUUACUCACGGACAUUGGGCAGGUGGAUUCCGAGGACAUCGAGGUUUCUUCGGGGGAAGAGAGCCUUCCUGAACUUGACAUUGUGUGAUGGGGCCAGUUUCUUUUCUUUUUAUAUAUAAAGUGGAAAGUACCAUGAAAUUGUGAUUGUUUGUGUUGAGGGUUGAGGUGACAGACAUUGGGGGGCUGUCUGCUACGUGACUUAAGAACUACCUGAAAUCUAUGUGCUUGAUGUUCCUGAGUGUCUUGGGCUCACUGCCAUAUUUCCUCCGCAUUGAACUGGAAGAAUAAUCAUAGACUUUAUAGCAGGGCUGACUGUUGAAUGGAUUUUUUACAAAGGGACAUAACUCCCAACCCAUGAUUUGUCUCUGGGACAAAACAGAUGUAACCGGAACUGACUGUAUUCCAAGAAAUGGCUGCUUGCAUAAUGUCUCAAGUCCAGCAUUGCUGUUUAUUGGAACAAGGAUGAGUGUUUCAGAUCAAUGGUUGAAUGAAUAUUCACAUAUGAAUGUCUGUUGAAUGUCUGAACAUAUGAUCAACCUUGUACUGUAGCUAACAUGAUGAGCUCCCUGGGGAUGACCCAAGUCAGAAGGGGGCAUUUAUCAGGAUCCUGUCGGCUGCUUUUAAGGUAUAGUAUUGACAGGAAUGUUGGGUGUCAUUUAACAGAGCUACUGGCUGCAAUGUUGGUAUGAUAUCUCCUGGAAUGUGGGUUAUAAUUUGAGAGAUACUGGCUUCCAUUACAUUAUCAUGUUGAUAGACAGGAAAGUGGGGUGUCAUUCAAAAGAGCUACUGGCUGCUAUGUUGGUAUGAUAUCUCCUGUAAUGUGGGUUAUAAUAUGAGAGAUAUUGGCUACCAUUACAUUAUCAUGUUGAUUGGGGGUGGGGCAUUUGGCAAGCUAUUGGUUUCAAUUAGGCUAAAAAACAAAUGGUCUUGGUUCUUUUUUAUUUCCAUUUUAUUUUAUUUUUCCAAAAUCCAUAAACUUAAUAACAUCGGAUCAAAUUUUGCACGCAGUUACCUCCCUUUACAUGACACUGCUUUACUGCGCAUCUCGUGUUAUUGUCAUGGAGACAAUAGGAGUUUGUAUGCUUGUUUAUAUAGGGAGGCCCUUUCCAGGUUACCAUGGUUACAGUUGUGUCUCCAGCAGGGGUGCUGAUACAUGCAAGCCGAAGUGUUAACAUGUGAUAGAAUGAAUGUCUGUUGGCCAAAUAAGGAAGGAAAGUGCUUAUGGGUGUGAGAAGAAAUAUUUGUGAUACUGACCAAAGAAAUUAGAUGGUGUCAGACACCUUGGCCGUUGUGUGAUGAAUAUAUGUGUGUUGUUAAAUUCUGUUGUAUAUUGACCAUGAUGAAUAUGUCCACAGCCUUCAAGUUGUACCGCCACAUGCAAAUGUUUUUUAAAUAGAUUUGAAAUGUUGACAAGCCUUUAAAAUUAUUUCAGUUUUUGGAAGAGAAUUUAUGGAUGUCAAUUUCUUUAUUAAGAGGAACACAUCGUUUCGGAGCAUAUGCUUACUCCUUCAUCAAGUAAAUAAAUUCUAUGAAGCAGAGCAUAUAUAUAUGUACCUGUAAGAACAACGAAAGUAAUAAGAUAACAAAGGUGGAAAUUUAACAGGGGAAGCCAACAGUUAACCGUUAAUUAGCACUGAUAGGUGAUAUCUACCCAGUGCUUGGGACUUAUUGCUUUGAUUAUUGUCUGUGCUCACCUCUUAUGCUGCAGUUUCCAGCCUUAGUGAGUUGGGGGAAGAGUUGCGUCCCUUCGGCAUGCCAGAAACCAAUGAUUUUGGGUUCAAAUCCCGGUUUGCCCCGAUUAUGUUUCUUGGUUUGUCAGCACCAUACCCAUGCUCGUGGGUUUCACCGAAGUGGUAAACGUCUGAGACCUGCAUCACUUCGGACUUUCCUCCCACAUUAAGCUGACACGCCGCGAUAUAACUGGAAUACUGUUAAAAGCGGCGUUAAACCCAACUCACUCACUCAACCCUGAGUGAGUGUACUAAAGUUUACUUCAGGUUAGCUAAUUGUCGGUGCUAGUUAUCCAGCUGGCUUCCACUUGUCCAUUGCCAUUUCCAAUGCUAUUACCAUGAUUACCUAUCAGACUUAAUUACUUCCUGCCUCCUGUUUGCCUAUUACCAAUCAGUGAUACUUGAAGUCCUGGGCCCCGUUCCUCAAAGCCAUCUUAGCGCUAAGGUGAUCGUAACUCUCAUACUUUAACACUGACUUACGAUGGUCGUAGUGCUAAGAUCACGUAGUGGAACGAGGCCCUGGCUUCCAGUUGUCCAUUGCUAUGACCUCUCAGCACUAAUUAACUGUUAAAUGUCCAAGAAAGUCAAUGGUGUUGUUUGGAAUGUAGAUAAUUCCUAACAUUAAUAAUGGUGCAAGGAUAAAGCGGCUGUGUCUGUGGUAUCGGGUUGAUCCCUUAAUGCUGGUGGGCGUGGAGAGAAAUGCCCUUUAUAUGCCCCGGAAUGAUAUCUGUUUAUAUCCUCCCUUGCAGCAAGGAUAAGCACCCUGAUUUCCCUGAUCGGUGAGGCUUUUGUAUGUGACAGCAGUCAGGACUGGGGCAGUGUUUACAAAUGACUUUGAAAAGAUAACUUUCACCCUCAGCUUCUCAUAAUCCAUGCUCCAGGCAUACCAAUGUUGAUUGCCAGGCACACCAAUGUUGAUUGCCAGGCACACCAAUGUUUGAUUGCCAGGCACACCAAUGUUGAUUGCCAGGCAUACCAAUGUUUGAUUGCCAGGCUAAGAUAGUGCUUCUUAAAAAAGUCUUCUAGGACAUUGUAGACCUGAUGCUGAGCAGUCACUCUUGUUCAAUUUGCCAAGACAUUGUUUACCUGCCAGAAUUUGUAUUUAAGCAUCAUUUUCAGUGAAUAAUAGUUUUGAUAUUUUGCAGGAUAACCCCAUUUAUCAUUUGCAGAACCCAAACAUCUGCCAUUAAUUGCCCUAAGAAGGAGAGCAAAUUAUAAUCCCCUGAAAAAUAGUGUUUUGAUUAUUAUAGCUAAAAGUGAUAGUGUUUGAUCUUAGCGGGAUAUGAUCCCUAAGACAACCUUCUGGGUUAGAAUUGGUCUUCAGCAACCUAAGAGGUGACGAAAGGGAUUGGGGGGUCAGACUCGCUGACUUGGUUGAUGCAUGUCAUCAUAUCCCAAUUCCGUGGAUCGAUGCUUAUGAUGUCAAUCACUGGAUUGUCUGGUCCAGACUCAAUUAUUUACAGACUGCAGUCAUACAGAUGGAAUAAUGCUGGGUGCAGCAAUAUAAAAAGAAACAUCUUGGGCUCGUCUUUCACUUGCAUAGAAAGAAACAUCUUCCAAGGCUAAUGCAACAAAUACUAUUUAUUGUUAUGUUUGAAUGCGAGUAUAUUCUAUGUGUUUGAGCAAGUCGGAGAUUAUUUUAUGUAAUAAAAGUUCUCCUUCCA